AUGGACCUUGCUACACCCCCGUUGCUCAACGGCCGCCAAGAGGGCCAACUAACGGCACAGCUGUCUAAUCCGAGUCAAUCUAGCAACGUCGUGAACAUCCCCGAUCCGGAUCCCCACAGGAAUGCCACCGGUCUCGCCAUAGUGAAAUUGGAAGAUAUCCUGAUAUCUGCCCGAGAAUCACUGCUACAGUCUCGAGAAAUAUCUAUUCCCUUCAGGACCCGGCCUUCCACAAACCGAUCCGCGAGCAACCAUGGCCCAUCUCGGACAACCCGACUAGCAGUUCGCUUCCCGGGCCGCACAGUCGAGGAAGCAACCAAGUUCACCCGCAUCAUGCGCAUCAUGCAACUCUCCCUGAGUGCGCUGACGGAAGGCCGACUGAUCACCAAGAGGAACAUCUACUAUCAGGACACCGAUUUGUUCAAAAGACAGUCCAUUGUCGACAACCUUGUUGACGAUCUGGCCUUUACUCUUAGCCUUGGGCGGGAGGAUCUCGGUAUAGUUGCUGCAAGCAAGGGCCUUGUAUCUGGGCCUAUUAUUCUGCGUUCCAGGACUUCCGAAGUUGACGCCUCUUCAAGCGAGCAUGGGGUCCUCAUACCUUCAGCCAGGAUUGUAUCCGAGAUUGACUUUGGUCCUGCGCAAUGGGUCUUGGAGACUUCUGCCUUUGGCACGGGCAUUCUUGUCACGGGAAAAGGUUACCCAGAUUUGAACACCAAGCAGUUCGUACACCUUCUUCACACAGCCAAGCCUGAGCUUCCAAUCUUCGCUCUUAUGGACUUCGACUGCUAUGGUAUUGCCAUCAUGCGCUGCUACAGCCACGGCACACGAGGUCAUGCACACGAACAGGCAACGACUGUGCCUAGCAUGCAGUGGCUCGGCAUAAAAAGCGACGAUCUCGCGUUCCGUCAGGAUGCAAUACCAACCCGCGGGCUCGACGUCAACGGCAGUCAAAGGCGACUUGGUGCGAGCACGUUCGACUCUUCCAGCUCUCUCACUCUGCGAGAUAGAACGCGCUCUAUCAACAUGAUCAAGGAAAUCGAAGAGGACGGCCCUGAUAAUGACCGAGAUUGCCGACGAGAACUACAGGUGAUGCUGUUUCUCGGCAUCAAGGCAGAGAUCCAAGCUGUGGACAACACAGGAGACAUGUCGCGAUGGCUCGAUGAGCACAUGGGAACUUUCUGA